AUGUUCCUCACUUCUGUUCCCCUUCUCAGCACUCCUCUUUUGAAGAUACCCUUGUUAGCAUCUAAUGCAGUCUUCAUGUUCAUUGGCUUGACGUCUCCCAAUCCGCCUCCUAAACCCUCAGAACUGUCGAAGUAUGGCAGACCAGAUAGUAUAUCGCGCGGGAAUUUGAAUACCUUGCUCUACGUUAACAAGUCCGUGGCGGUCAUUACAGCGGUGGCUGAGAUCGCUGUUAUUCUCUCCCAGCAAUAUCCUUCUCUCUCUCAGCAAUAUCCUUCUCUCUCUGGGCAUAUGUCUCUUCUUCUCCCAUCGCCUGGCAGCGGCGUGCGUGUCACGAAAACAUUCGCCGCAAGCUGGGCGUUGAUAGGCAUGGGCGGUCUCGUCCGCUGGUGGUGCUAUCGCACACUCGGACGGUUCUUCACAUACGAACUCUCUGUGAAAGACGAGCAUCGACUCGUUACCGCUGGCCCAUAUUCCAUCGUCCGGCACCCGAGCUACACUGGCGGGAUUAUGCAGAUGAUCGGCGCAGUCUUGUGGUCUCUCGACCCUGGUUCGUGGUGGUCGAAUUUGGACAGAUUCAGUGCGACCGCACGGAAUUCCUGUGUGGUCUUGUGGCUGAGCUUCUGGAUCAUCGUUGUUGUUUCAGGAGUGAGCAGGCUGUCGAAGGAAGAUAGGACCCUGAAGAAGGAGUUCGGUGACCAGUGGGAGAAGUGGUCUAGGGUCACUCCGUACAAACUCAUCCCGUUCGUGUAUUAA